GGCAUUUACUACAACUCUUACAAAUACUUGGACUUUAAUUUCUCCAAGUGCCACUGAUGUAUAUAAACAAAUGUGUACUGGAGGACCGUUUGAAUUUAAUUUCAAUAUGUGUCCGGUUGAAAGACGUUGUUCAUUCUUUACAUGCUGGAUCAACAGAAUUGUGAAUGGUAGUGCAGCUCUUAAUGUCACAAAUGUAGUUGUAUAUAAAAGUAGUUCAGAUGUGCGGUUCUCAACCUCAUUCUCUAUAAAUUUGACAUCUGAACGUAGUUAUGUGAGAGUGGAUUACGGCCCAUUAUGCACCAUCAAUCAAAAUGCUUAUUGUACGCUAUUUAAACAUACUCUUUAUGUAAUGGGAGAUUGCAAUGCGACAACGACAAUAAACUACGCUUUCCCAACAUUUGUUAAUAUCAGUGGGAGUACAAAAAAUUUUACCGCCCCGACUUUGGUAUUGAGUCCAAUACCAAGUUUCCCAAUAUACACCGACAUUAUGAUUGAAGUAAGUCCAUCUAGUGUAACGCUGCAGCCAGGUCAAAUAACAACUAUCAAUGUGAAAUAUAUAUUCCCACUGAACUCCACCUAUUUGAAAUCUACAAUACAAAUCAGUGGAACUGGAAGCAACAACACUAAUGAAUCUAUAAUAACUAUUACAGAUUUUAGAAUAAGUUUGGGUUCUAACUUAUUUUACACAACAACUGCUUACUCAUCUAAUUAUUUGUCCACUUAUCCAACCGAUCAAAAUGAUCAGUUGUUAAUAUACUUCGAAAAUAUCAUAAACAAUGGUACGGUAAGUGUACCCUUAAUGCGAAACACUCUCAGUCUUUCAGUGGAUAUCCAGUUGAGUGAUAGUAAAAUUGUAGAAAACGGAACUGUUUGGCCGUUGCAAAUCACUGGUCGAUUCAAUGCUGUCACUAAUAUUAGCAAAAUAUCUGUGAGUUGUGUAAGAACUGGGUCAGAAAAACCAUCAAUUCAGGUUGUACUAUCUCAACUGUCAUCGUUCACAUUCAGUGAUUAUCCUGAUAGAGAUGUGGUGUAUCUUCAGACAACCGUUCAAAUGAUGAAUGGUACCGGAUUGGAAUGUGAAAGACAAUCGAUAAUUUUCUAUCUCAGUCCAGAAAUAAAAUCAAUCAUUGUAGUUAAUCAAACAGGCAACAUAGAUAAUGUAACAUUGAAAACUCCUUUAAACCCAGUAACUAAAUCAGUUCAGUUCAUAGCAGGACGUUUAUAUUUUGGUGCCAAGUAUGAAGUCAUCUUUAGUCUGAAAUUUAAUCCACCUCGUAGUACAACCAUUGUGAAAUAUCCAAUUCUAGUCGAAAUUGUGUGCAAACCCUAUGAACGUGGUAGUCCCGUAGUGAAUAGCUGUGCAAAACAAAGGUUUUACAAGUUCAAAUCUCAUCUGCGUGUUCAACUUGACUACACAUAUCCUCCCAACUUACCUCAUUACGUUGCAAUGCGGAACCCUUUGGUACAGUUGCCCGACCGUCAAGCAAAUACAUUUCUAAACGUUGGUGAUCUUUUGUUUUAUUGUGCACGUGCGUUUAGUAUAAAGGGUUCAUUAGAUUUGGUGAGACGAUGUUUCAAGAUUGGUAAAUUGCCUGAAAGAAUUUGGUUUGAUGUCGGACCAUAUGUUGAACAGAUUAUAGCGUACACAAAUCCACUUGGCAUAUUGUUCGGUUUGGGAGCAAAUGGUGGAGGUGUAAUGAUGAGUAAGGAUUUGGGGAAAACAUGGAUUUCAAUCAACUCAUUCAUGUAUCAAAGAACUUUGAAUAAGUCGACUGAAAUCAUUACAGCAAGUGUCAUACCAUGGAUUUCAUCAACUGGAUCAAUUGACAAUACAGUGUCUGAGUCAUUUUGCAAGAUGCGAGUGGCUAAUCAAUGGAAUGUAUGCAUCAACGCAAUUUAUGCAAGUCAAUUUCUAUUGGCAGACUGGACUAACACCUGUCCAAACAUCAAGCCUUUUUAACCGAUCAAUCACUUUCAGUUGGAAUACAAACUUUGUUCAAAUAUUUGUGCCUUUUCAAUGUGUCCAUUUUAUGUUGUGUGCAGUAAUAGAACAUUUAGUUAAUUUUCUAUUAUAUUACUUAUCCUACAAUUAACCAUUUUAAAUAAAGUACAUAUUAAUCACA